UGGAGCUGUGGGCAGAGGAAAUGAGAAGGAAGGAAGCCAGAGAAGUGAGAGUAGACGCUGGGCAGGGAGUGAAGUCUGAAAAUCUGGGUCACGGCUGAGGAAGACCGCAGACCUGGAGUCCAGAAUGUGGCCUGCUCUGCUGCUGUCCCACCUGCUCCCUCUCUGGCCACUGCUGCUGCUGCCCCUCCCACCGCCUGCUCAGGGCUCCUCCUCCCCUCGGACCCCUCCAGCCCCGGCCCGCCCCCCAUGUGCCCGGGGCGGCCCCUCGGCACCUCGAGUCCUGCCCGGCACCGCGCCCCCGGCCACCCCGUCGGGCUUUGAGGAGGGGCCACCCUCUUCCCAGUACCCUUGGGCUAUUGUAUGGGGUCCCACUGUAUCUCGAGAGGAUGGAGGGGACCCCAACUCCGUCAAUCCUGGAUUUCUGCCCCUGGACUAUGGUUUUGCAGCCCCCCACGGGCUAGCUACCCCACACCCCAACUCAGACUCCAUGCGGGAUGAUGGGAACGGGCUCAUCCUCGGAGAGACCCCUGCCACCCUGAGGCCAUUCCUGUUCGGGGGGCGUGGAGAAGGUGUGGACCCCCAGCUCUACGUCACAAUCACCAUCUCUGUCAUCAUUGUUCUCGUGGCAACCGGGAUCAUCUUCAAGUUCUGCUGGGACCGCAGCCAGAAACGGCGCAGGCCCUCGGGGCAGCAAGGGGCCCUGAGGCAGGAGGAGAGCCAGCAGCCGCUGACCGACCUGUCCCCUGCUGGAGUAACUGUGCUAGGGGCCUUCGGGGAUUCACCUACCCCCACCCCUGACCAUGAGGAGUCCCGAGGGGGAGCCCGGCCUGGGAUGCCCCAGUCCAAGGGGGCUCCAGCCUUCCAGUUGAACCGGAUUCCCCUGGUGAAUCUGUGAUGCCCCCAUGUUGGGGUGCUGCCAAGCAGGAGGCUGAGGGGCCGGCAUAGGCGCCAUCCCACUGAGGGUGGGGCAGCCGUGGGGACCCUUGCACACCACCUGGAACACUCAUGGCCACAUGGGCAUGCGCCCUGCUCGCCCUCCUGUAGUGGGGGCCUUCACGUACUUGUGACUUCGGGCCCCACCCCUUGCACACUCACAUGAAAGCCUUGCACACUCACCUCCACCCUCACGGGCCAUUGCACAUGCUCAUGCUCUCGGCAGCCACUCCUGCACCUCUCCCCUCGUGCACCUCCUGCUCACUGAUGGCUCACACUGUUUCCAUUCCCACCUCUCCAUGCUGCACACACUCCAUGCUCAGCCCAGUCACUCAGUGGCAGGGUCCCUGGUCCUUCGUCCCUUGCCACUUGUGUGCAUUUCUGGCAGGAUGGGGUGGCGUGGCGUGCUCACUCUGCCUCGUGGACGCUCACUGGUCUCAUUUCUAUGGCCCCUGCAUGUGCCUCGAGGUGGGUGGGAGGUGAGCUGGGGGCUCUGCGUGCCCUUGUCUGGUCUGUCAUGCUUCGUGGGGUCCCGUGUCAUGAGUUCUCUGCCCCUGCAUCCCAUCCCACUCCAAGGGCACUGGCAUCACACAGGGAAUAGGGCAGUGAGGUCCUCUGCGAAGUUGUCUGAGGUGGGUGUUGGGGAGUCGCCUGCUGCACUGUGUGAAAAGGGACUCCUGUCUGUCCUGCACUCCCUCCAAGUCCCUCUCGUCCUUCUGUCCUGGCUGUCUGUGUCUGUCACUCUAGGGGGUGGGGUGAGAGCCCCUUCGCAGGGCCUCUAGGGCCCCUCCCUCCACCCAGGCCCCGGA